AAUUUCUGCGAUUCUGCAAUUGCUCGGAGCUAAAGAGAGAAAGAGAGAAAGAGAGCAAAGCGAAGAGAGAGAAAAAUGGGAGGUGGACACGGUGGUCAUGGAACAACCUUCAAGGGUAUGACUCUUCACGCGCCCAAGCGAUGGCAUUCCGUCACCGGAAAGGGCAUGUGCGCUCUUAUGUGGUUUUGGGUUCUUUACCGAGCGAAGCAAGAUGGUCCAGUUGUAUUGGGUUGGAGACAUCCCUGGGAUGGGCAUGAUGAUCAUGGACAUGGAGAUGGACAUUAGAUGGGUUUCUGGCAGGUUAAGCUGAAUGCUGAAAAGAUUUGCUGAAUGGUGAACAGAUUUGCUUCGACACCUUAUUGUGGAUGUAACAUCAUCAGACAUCUGGGAAUUUUCCGUUCAAUAAUGUGAUUUUGAAUUUUGUUGUAUUACUAUGUCAAAAUCUUGGGUUUAAUUUGUUUAAAUGAAGGCCAAGUACUGCCUUCAGCUAAUAAUGUUGCAUAUUUUUCUGAGUUAGUUGAUCAUCUUUCAUCUUUUGCAACUCUUAUCAUAAGAGGUAUAAGCACAAGCAAUUGCUUUGUUUAUGAAAAUCGCUCACUCAGACAGUUA